AUGCCUUCCAGGACGCUGCCGACAUUUACUCGAGCCGAGGUCGCGUCGCACGACUCUUCUGCAUCGUGCUAUGUCACCAUCGGCACAAAGGUGUACGAUGUCACCGAUUUUGUGCAAGACCAUCCCGGUGGCAGUGACCUUAUCCUCGAAUACGCCGGCAAAGAUGUCGAGGAUAUCCUCAAGGACGUCGCCUCGCACCCCCAUUCCGAGGCGGCGUACGAGGUUCUCGACGACUCCCUGAUGGGGCCCGACUCGGUCCCUACUCAUCCUCGCACCGGCAUGUCGUGCGAAGAGGACUUGAGCAAGGAGACGGACUAUAGCCAGGACUACAAGAAGCACAAGUUCCUAGACCUCGGCCGGCCCCUCUUCCCCCAAAUUUGGAAUGGGGGAUUUAGCAAGGACUUCUACCUGGACCAAGUACACCGCCCCCGACACUACAGGGGAGGCGUCUCGGCGCCCCUGUUUGGCAACUUCUUGGAGCCGCUCAGCAAGACGCCGUGGUGGGCGGUCCCCAGUUUGUGGCUGCCCUGCGUCGCGUACGGCAUCUACCUUGCCCACCAAGGCCUCAAGCCUAGCGCCACUGCCUCCUACUGGGCGUUUGGACUGUUCUUGUGGACCUUUGUCGAGUACUGUCUUCACCGCUUUCUCUUUCAUCUGGACGACUAUCUACCUGACAAUCGAGUUGGCAUCACGGCGCACUUCCUGCUCCACGGCAUCCACCACUACCUUCCUAUGGACAAGUACCGCCUGGUUAUGCCGCCAACGAUGUUCGUCAUCCUUGCGACCCCUUUUUGGUAUCUGGCCCACGCCGUCUUCUACUUCAGCUGGCACGCGGCGACGGCUGUCUUUUGCGGUGGCAUCUUUGGCUACAUCUGCUACGACUUGACUCACUACUUCCUACACCACGAGAACCUUCCCCUGUGGUACAAACAGCUGAAGAAGUACCAUCUCCAGCAUCACUUCCUCGACUACGAGCUUGGUUUCGGCGUCACUAGCAAGUUCUGGGACAAGAUUUUUGGCACAGAGCUGCAGCCCCUCAUCAAGACUACUUGA